GAAAUUAAGUCAAACAUUCCGAAAUCUACGUGCUAAUUUAUCCACAUUUCCGUUAGCCUCACAAGAGAUCUUCACAUUCAAACCAUAUAUGCAAAAGUGGAAAGUUCAAGCCCUUUAAACCAUAUUCUUCAUAUUCCAUCUUGAUUAUAAAAACAGUUUCAUGUCGAGAAAUUAAAACUCAGAAUACAUGCAUUCAAUUCUUGAAUACCCUAGACGCCUCUUUCUUGAAGGUGGAUAAACCCCUCAUCAUUGAUUAUAGUAAGUUCCUAGCUAAAAGUAGAGAAAAAUUUAAACAUAGUCAAAAUCUCCUCUUCUUUUAGGAUAUUCCUUUUACCCCUAUAAUAAAGAAUGUGUUUAGGAAUCAACAAAUUUUCAUUUCCUCAUCAUUUCCUUCAACAACUUGAAUGAUCAAAUAGUAAUCCUCAUUCUUCAUCAUUCUCAAAUAAUAUUUUACCGUCAUUGUCUUUGGCCUACCUUAUUAUUAAUUAGCUAGUUUUAUGCUGACUUUCAUCCCAUUGCAAUCUUCGUCGAUCCUAACUUGCUUGGAAUUGAGGUAUAAUUAUUGUUGUUAUCGGUCUGUCUUAUAUAAUCUUGAAAAAUGGGCGGCGAAGUCUCUACGGUAAAAGCCAAUGGCAUGGCCACACCAACUAGGAUCCACCCAAACUUCCUUCAUCGUUUACAUGACAUGAGGAAAAGAAGACGUUUUAGAAGGCGAACAAAACAAUCUACACCUUCAAAGAAAGAAUUGCUUUCGUAUGUUAUAGACGAAGAUGACAAAUUAGAAGGAAGCCUAGAAAAAGGGGAGUAUGUAAUUAAGGAUAUGAAAAAACUAGAAGCAGAUGAACAAGAAAGGGUGGGUAAAUUGAUAGAAGCAAUUGUUCAAGAAGAUGAAGAAGACGGGGAUCAUGGAGAUGUUGAAGAUGAAGAUGAUGAUGAUAAUAAAGAUGAUGAGAGGAUGAUAAAGCGUACUCAUGUUGAGGAGGGUGGUGAUGUUUGUCCUGGUUCACCAAGUUUUAGAAUAUAUUUCACAAAUAACAAUGUUGAAGACAAGAAGAUUAAGGAAGUAAUAAUUGGUAACAAGGAUGUCAUUAGGAACACAACCCCAAUUGCAGCUACUAAACCAACAACCCCUAUUGCUGCUACCAGCAUACCAUCAACAAAGGUGCUGGUGGGCAAGAAGGGGAAGAGAGAAACGAAGAGGAAGAGUUUUAGAAGUGCGCUACCAAAGAAUUUCCUGAACGUUCGAUCAUGUUGCUCUGCACCUCACUCCAGCCUCGACCGCACCCGCCUUUUCCCUGGAAAAGCACCGCCAGAUUUGUCCCAGUCACCCUUUCGCAAUGACAGAGAAGACAUAACCAGAGGAAGUCAAUUAUUGAAAGGAUGGAACCAAGAAAGGUUUGAUGGGAAAUUAUCGGGCAAGCGCAGAGAAGGGGAACCAGAUAAGAACAAGCCACACUUCAACAGGGACAAAAUCCAAAUGGAUUCCAAGUUUCAGUAUGUUGCUAAAGACCGAACUGAUAAAUGGCUACAUUAUGAACUGGAGGAAAAUGCAGAGGACCAAUCUUACAAACAAGGAACGGCGGAAUAUAGCUUUUCAGGAAUUAUCAAUCUUCACGCAAGAGACUUCUCCCCUGACCAGAAAACACCAGAAAUUCCAUUUGACAUCUACAGGAGGGCGUCACCCUACCAAAAAGUUCGUUCUGACCAUUUACUACAUGUCUCCGCGCCUGCAAAAAUAGAAGAUUUCAUGAUAGUUAAUCCUCGAAUGCUGUAUCUCAACCAGAGAAAAGAGCAAGUAGAUGAUCAAGUUUUAACAUGA